UUGACGUGGGUGUCAUGCACGUCGUGGGUUGCCAGGUGUGCGCGUGAAGUCUUUUCCACGUUCAAUGAGCUUGAAAUGGGAGAAGAGAAGCCACAGAUGCUAACCGCGUUAGCAUGAGCAGCGGCCAGUAAACACAAGUCCCCAGACCUGAUCAAUCGAACUCAGAGCAAAUCGAAAUCAAGACGCACCAUGGAAAGAAAGCACAUCUUCGGAGCGUUUAUUCCACAGAAUCUCUUUCCCUCAUAACCAUGUCAUGUCAGCCAGACACAGCGUUGACGGGAGGGAGGUGCAGGUUCCCCUCCAGCAGUUGGCGCCCUCCCUCAUUCCGCCCCUGUCUGCGGCUCCUUCCAUCACCCCGCCUCCCAACCGGCCUGCCAAUCCCUGGCCUCCGAGCGACUCCUCGCAAGGUGCACCAGCGGGAUUCAUGCCCCUGGACGGCGGCUUCACGGAUCACUUUGUGGACGUCCCCGAAGAGAAAUAUCUGUGCGAGUCCUGCCGGCUGGUCCUGUGUCAGCCCAGGCAGACCGAGUGCGGUCAUCGCUUCUGCCAGACCUGCAUUGCCCACAUACUCAGCCGUCCCAACCCUGUGUGUCCGGCUGACAUGGAGCCGCUGUUCAACAACAAGAUUUUCCGCGACGUUUGCUGCCAUCGAGAAAUCCUGGCCCUGAAGGUGUACUGCCGCGCCGAAGCCAAAGGCUGCCAUGAGCAGAUGAGCCUGCAGCAGAUGCCCGAGCACGCCAAUGUGUGUCCCUUCUUUGAGGUGCCGUGCCCAUUGGGCAAGUGCAAGGAGAGGAUGAUGAGGAAGGACAUUCCCGAUCACCUCAGCUGGAAAUGCAAACACAGAGAGAGCACCUGCGACUUUUGCCUCACCAAGAUGCCGCUCACCGACUUGCAGAAACACAAGGAGACGGUGUGCCCAGCCUUCCCGGUGUCGUGUCCAAACCUGUGCUCCUUAUCGUCGCUGCCGCGGAGCGAGCUGGCCAGUCACCAGCACGAGUGUCCCAAAGCUCAGGUCAGCUGCCCAUUCCAGCGCUAUGGUUGCAUGUACAAGGCGCUGAGUCCGGAGGUCCAACAACACGAAGCUACGUGUGCCGCUGAGCACCUGAGGAUGAUGAUGCUCAAGAACAUCUCCCUGGAAAGCAAGGUGGAGGAGGUGAAGGCCGAGUUGAUGGACAAGCGCAAAGCCGUCCCUCUCGUGAGUUCCCGUCUUUCAGAGGCUGAGAAGCACAACGGCGAGCUGAGGGACAAACACAAACACAUGGAACAAAAGGUGGCCUCCAUGCAGAAGGUGAUGAGCACCCACUCCGAGAAGCUUCUGGAAGUGGAGCUGGAGCUGCGUUCUCUGGCCUCGCUGCGGGACGAGCUGGACAAGGUCCGCCUGUCGUUGGACGCCGUUCGUGCCAGGCUGGGCGUGCUGGAGCAGGGAGGACGCUCCGCCGCAGGAAGCGUCACCCUCGCCUCGCUGGAGACGCAGCAGAACCGGCACGGCGACAUGCUAAGCGUUCACGACAUCCGUCUGGCCGACAUGGACCUUCGCUUCCAGGUGCUGGAGACGGCCAGCUACAACGGGACGCUCAUCUGGAAGAUCCGUGACUACAAGCGUCGGAAACAGGAAGCGGUGGCGGCCAAGACUCUGUCGCUCUACUCGCAGCCGUUCUACACAGGAUACUUUGGCUACAAGAUGUGCGCCCGCGUCUACCUGAAUGGCGACGGCAUGGGCAAGGGCACGCACCUGUCGCUCUUCUUCGUGGUCAUGCGUGGCGAGUAUGACGCACUGCUGCCGUGGCCGUUCAAACAGAAGGUGACCCUGAUGCUGAUGGACCAGGGUCCGUCACGCAAGCACCUGGUGGACGCCUUCAAGCCGGACCCCAACAGCAGCAGCUUCCGCCGUCCCGCUGCCGAGAUGAACAUCGCCUCCGGGUGUCCGCUCUUCGUCUCCCAGAGCGUCCUGGAGUCGGCCAGCUACACCAAGGACGACACCAUCUUCAUUAAGGUUACCGUGGAUACUUCUGACCUUCCUGAUCCAUGACCGUGCUGUGCGACUCGGACAUACCCACCCGGCGACGACGGGAGAGGAACCCGGUCCAGGCGGCCAAUGGCGGAAGGGCGUGUCUUCUUCUUCUGAUUGGCUGCAUGUUUGCGUGCAUUUGUGCGCGUGUGAGGCACCACAUAACCGCGGCGAUGACUCUUGUGAGGCCGUCGCGGUUGCUGCUAGUUAUUGAUGCUGUGCAUCAAGCUUGACUUCCUGUUUGGCAAGGCAUGCUGGGAAAUCGACGGCAGGAGCCAAGGAAAGUUGUGUCACAUCGGCGAGUCGCGGCGACGCCGGACGUGUGGAGGUGGACCUGAACAUGGAAGUCAAACGUGUGGACGUUCCGCCGUGGCCCCGCUCACUUCUUCCAUAGGAUUGUUCGCUCCACGAAUGUGAUUCAAAGGAAAGACGUGUAAGUGUUGUUUUCGUUUUUGUGGUCGAUGACAGGAAUAAAGGAAAUUCCCUUGCAA